GCUUCUUCCCCACAUGAGAGCUGGGAUGUCCAGCAACAUUCAUCUAGAAGACAUUUCCCGCACUCAAGGCACUAAUACACCUCCAGGGUUGUGCGGGAUCUCUGAUGUACAGGAAGAAAGGACUUCAGUGAGGAACAAUUCCCUCACUCAGGACAGGAAAGUGGCUUCUCUCCUGUGUGCAAUCUCUGAUGUCUGUAAAGAUUUGACUUCUGUGAAAAACAUUUCCCGCACUCAGGACAUGAAUAUGCCUUUUCACUCAUGUGCAAUCUCUGAUGUCUGUAAAGAUUGGACUUAUCUGAAAAACAUUUCCCGCACUCAGGACAGGAAUACGGCUUUUCCCCCGUGUGAGACCUCUGAUGUGUGACAAGCUCUGAUUUUUGUAUAAAACAUUUCCCACACUCAGAACAGGAAUAAGGCUUCUCACCCGUGUGAGAUCUCUGAUGUGUGAUAAGAUGGGACUUCACUGAAAAACAUUUCCCACAAUCGAGGCAGGAAUACGGCUUCUCCCCCGUGUGAGACCUUUUAUGCACAAUAAAAUGCGAUUGAAAUUGGAAUAGCUUCCCGCACUCAGGACAGGAGAACCUCUUCUCUGUUGGAAGGCCGGCACGGUCCCGCACAGUCUGAGGGUCCUCAGGAUACAUGGAAUCCGAUGGUCCAUCUACACUGGGUGGUGCCGGAUGGACAUUGGAGGGAGCCGGGUU